GGAGAUUAAACGUGUGGGUUGGGAACUGGAGCGAGUGUGUUGUCUCGCUUGGGGCCCCCGAUGCCAGAGUGCUAGCUUUCAUCGCACUGGGUGAAAGAUUUCUCCUGGACGUUUCACUCUCUGUGGCUACAGGGCUCCAUGUUCAGUGCAGUCGUGCUGGUGUUUGGCUGCCUGCUGCAGAGGACACUAGUGACCACAGAGGGGCAUCGUGGGACCAACCGGCAUGUCUUCUAUGCAGUGCAAAUGGACGGAGGCGUCAGAGCUGCAAGAGCUCUGGCCGAGCAGCACGGACUGGAGGUCAUACAACGGGUUGGCAGCCUGGAGGGUCUGUACACCCUGAGAGACAGCAGGGGGCGCCCUGACAGAGCCACCUUUGAGAACAGACUCGCGUUGGCAGCAGGGGUUCACCGAGUGCAGAAGCAGCGCAGUCAUCACAGAGACAAACGGGUUCCUGUGACAGGACUGGACCUCAGUACCACUCACAGUUCCCAGAGGAGAGAGUCUUCAACUGACAGGCCGCCGGAGGAGAGGAAGAGUGACCAGUACCUCAUCUUCAAUGACCCGCUCUGGCCCAUGCAGUGGGAACUGUUUGCACAGGGCAAGUACAACUCCAGUGGGUUGGACCUGAAUGUGAUGCCAGUUUGGAGCAACAACAUCACCGGUAACGGAGUGGUGGUCAGCAUCAUUGAUGACGGAGUAGAUCAUGCAAACGAAGACCUGAAGAAAAACUUUGAGGCCCUCGCCAGCUUUGACCUGCGUGCUUCACACGGUCUGUCUCAUGAUCCCAUGCCUGUCAGAGAUGAGGAGAACAGUCACGGCACCCGAUGUGCAGGGGAAGUUGCCAUGGAGGCCAACAACUCCUACUGUGGUGUGGGCAUCGCCUUCAAUGCCAGGAUCGGAGGUAUCCGCCUGUUAGACGGCUCCGUCACCGACGCCAUGGAGGCCACAGCUCUGACCUUCAACAUCCACUUCAUCGACAUCUACGUCUGCAGUUGGGGCCCGCGGGACGACGGGGCCGAGAUGGACGGGCCGAAGAGCCUGACAAAGCAAGCCCUUCGGCUAGGAGCUCACAAGGGCCGAGGUGGAAAGGGCAGCGUCUACGUGUGGGCGGCAGGUAACGGCGGAAUGCAGCGCGACCACUGCGGCGCGGACGGUUACGUUAACUCCAUCUACAACAUUGCCAUCGGUGCUGUCUCUCAGACGGGGAAGCCCGCCUCCUUUGGCGAGCCCUGCCCCGGCGUGAUGGCCGUCACUCUGACAGGGGCCGGCGUGGGAGGCUCGCUACCGCUGGUUACUGUGACGGUGACCAGCGUCGCUGAUGGCUGUGUCACACACUUUCCAGGAACAUCCAGCGCUGCUCCGAUUGCUGCAGGAAUCCUGGCUCUUGUCUUGGAAGUAAAUCCUAACGUGACGUGGAGGGAUGUUCAGCAUCUGAUCGCCGAGACAGCAAAGAUCCCCGACCCCGACGAGCCCGGGUGGAACAUCAACGCGGCGGGAUACCACGUUCACCACAGGUAUGGCUUUGGAUUGCUGGAUGCAGGGCUGAUGGUGCAGCAGGCUGCACACUUCAGAGGUGUUGCUCCGCAGAGGAAGUGCAUACAAGAUGUCACGCUCCGCUCUCCCAGAAUUCUUUCUCCUGGAGGCGUGGUCAGUGUGAGCAUCCAAUCAGAGGCCUGCCAUGGGAGGACGAACGAGAUCAACACUCUGGAGCACGUUCAGGUGAGAGUGAGCAUCAGCGCUGUGUGCCGCGGUGACCUCUCCAUAAGCCUGGGAUCUCCAGCCGGCACCGUAUCCCUGCUGCUGGACAGACGGCCCAAUGACGCCUCCACUGCAGGCCUGCGAAACUGGACCCUGAUGACAGUGCACUGCUGGGGCGAGCAGCCUCGAGGCCCCUGGACCCUCCAGGUGACUGACCACAAAGGAACAGUGAGGAGCUGUACGAGGCCGAAUGACGAGGAGGCAUCCGGAGCCUUGCUCACUGUUACACUCAUUCUCUACGGCACCUACCACCCACACAGGACCACGCACAAGGGACCCCUGCAGAGCAUUGUGUCCAUGGGGUCACGUCACCCCAUCCCUCAGAGGGGGGUGCACCAGAGGGACCGUUACCCCCCUCCGGACCUGAUUCAAUGGGUCUUCCAAAUGGAGAGAGACAGGAAGGUACGGGCUGAUGAUAUCACCGUCCCAGCCAGACACCAGAUGAUGAAGAUUCCCAGAAACUUGGUGUUGGACAACCACCUCAACAAGCCCCUGACGUCCAGUGUGGCUUUCCAGUUACAUCAGACAGAUGUUGUGCCGAAGUCCUCCAUGGCGUCAAGACGCUCUGCGAAGGAGCUUCAGGAGACCAUCAGGGAUAAAGUGGACAGAGAGAGCGGGCCCUUACCAGGCGAAGGAGGUGCAACAGUCAGACUCUCUGGAUCCAGGAGGAGGAGAAACUGUGAGCAGAACGGCAGGGGAAGGGACGGGGCAGCGGGCGGCGAACUGAAGAAACAAAUACGAAGCAUGGUUAAAUAAAGACUGUUAUUUUCCUCAGUGCAGCAAGUCAGCUGAUCGUGAGUCAAAUCCAUGAGAGUGUGGCCUCAGUGCUGGCGCGGGUUAUUUAUUGUGGAUUCCUGGUUUGGCUUUAAAACUCUAUCACUGUUGCAGCCACAGGAACACACACAAACAUAUAAAUCCUUCCUCCAAAAACAAAUAGUUUCGGGAGCAGGUCCCUGCACUCAUCUCCCCUCCUCAUUUGCUUUCGGAAGUUGCAAAGGUUAGUGAAAGAUAUGUUUGUCUUUUUCCACUUCAUUGAAGGGUGAACUCAGCUCAGUGCAAUAAGAAAUGGAUUACCCAUUCAUUACAGGGGCUGUGUCACUCCUCAUUGAGUUGGACAAAUAGCAAAUUAAUUUCUAGCCGCCUAAUUUCUCUCUGUUCUCCACUGAAUUUCCGAUAACGUCGAAUUACUGAUCACAGCCAUGUGAGCUCCCUCAACUUUUUAUCAAUUCAUUAAAAAUGUGCCACAGUGGAGAUGCUGCGGAGGAAAUGCUCUCUCUUAUUUCUACAUGCUUCCUUUGCCACCACAACACUGUAUACAAACAG